ACGGGGCUGACUACACUACCACAGAGCGUGGAAUUUGGGGCACGGCUGCUGACUGUCUGGAACACGACUACUGGAUCGUCGAUGAGUCAUACAUACCAGCCCCUUCACUCACUAAAAAGAACGAUCACCGUAUUCACUCACUGGACAUCGCCAGUCUGGUCCGGUCUGGUCCAGUGUGUCGCGAUGGAUGUUGGUAUGCACAGCUGUCUGCAGAGAGAGGUACAAUUGAUUAACCCAUCAGUAGUAGUAGUAAUAGAGUAGCAGCAGUAGGCCACACACCACACCACCUCACAUCACUGCCGCAGCAUGUCAUGCACGACGCUAUGCACAACAAGACGGCAGCCGUCCAUCCAUCCACACGUCUACCUGUGCUGUACCCUCAGACAGACAGGCAGGCAGGCCAGUACACGGCAGGAAACAGAAAGCACAAAGCAGAUUGCGUCACGAAGCAGAUUGCACCCACAAAUUACAUGUAUGUACUGUGCACGUGUAAUGCCCAUAUCAACCUCUGCCCCCCCCUUCCCUUGCUCCGCCGGCAUUCCCACCGGCACCACAGUGUGCCUCCUCACACGUUCAGAGCGUUCGGUGCGGCAUUCCCCUGGGGUGUCUGCGGCCGACUGCCAGCGGCACUCGCCACGUCACGAGCAGGCUCAUGCUCAGGCUCUCCUGUCGCGGCCGAGAGGCUGCGGACGAGGGAUCCCUGUCGCGAAAACGCACAGACUGCCCACAGCUGGGACGGCCACCGCUCUGGCUGAGAUCCAACGGGUGAUGCGGGUGCUGCCGGCGGCUCUGUUACCGGGGCUGCUGCUGGCUGCUGCCUUCGGUCUCGGUGGGCGUUGGCGUCGUGACGAGACUUAGUCGACAACCAGCAGGAGAAAACAAAGAAGCCCACGAAGACGACAGCGCUGCACACGCCCACCGCCAGGAUUGUCGUGUCGGCCGUGCCUUCGCCGGUGCCGUCGAUCGGGGCAGACGACUUGUCGAGUCGCUCAGAAGCUACACUACCAUUCUCGACUCCAUCAGUGCGCUCGUUAGCGUAGAUUCUGACGAACUGGUAUUGGCGGUGGUUCAGAUCGCCGGAGGAGCUGCCCCCAUAGAGGAGGCUGCGACCCGGGAGGGACCUGUCGUUGGCAUCAUACUGCUGCUCGUUAACGGAGGGAGACCGCAACGCACGCCGGAACUGCACACACACACACACACACACACUCGGGGAGGGAUUUGUCGUGGCCUGUUCGUCAGUGUAGGCAGGUUACUUGCUUACCGACGAGGCGUUGGGGUGUGAGGGGCUGCCAGUCAGGCUGGAGGCGGCACAUAGACAGGGGCACAUACCACCAGUGAUAACGGCGACCCACACGACGGCCAUUUUCUUGAAGGCACUGGCUCCUUCUGCUGCCAUCUUUUGUAACGUGACUGAAUGAUAUCAGUGUGCUGUUGCUGCGUCGUGCGUGU